AUGGUGUACAACUUUAAAGUGUUCAAGAAAUGUGCGCCCAAUGGCAAGAUCACGCUGUACAUGGCGAAGCGGGACUUCGUCGACCACAUCUCGACUGUGGAGCCUAUAGAUGGAGUUGUGCUCCUGGAUGAGGACUACGUGCGAGGGCGCAAGGUGUUCGGGCAGCUGGUCUGCACCUUCCGCUACGGCCGCGAGGAAGAUGAGGUCAUGGGGCUGAAUUUUUACAAGGAACUAUUUCUAGCCUCCGAACAAAUCUAUCCUCCUCCAGAAAAACGGAACUAUGAACUAUCACGAACACAGGAGCGUCUUAUAAAGAAGUUAGGCGAGGGCGCGGUACCGUUCCGGCUCACGGUGCCGGCGGGCGCCCCCGGCUCCGUGACUCUACAGCCCGGCCUGGAGGAUGAAGGGGAGCCGUGUGGCGUGCAGUACUAUGUUAAAGUUUUCGUUGGUGACUCCGAAAUCGACCGUUCACACCGCAGGAGCACCGUGGCUCUGGGCAUCCGCAAGGUACAGUACGCGCCGGCGAAGCCAGGGCCGCAGCCAUGCACUGUGGUGCGCAAGGACUUCGUGCUCUCACCCGGCCAGCUCGAGCUGGAGCUAACGCUCGACAAGCAGCUGUAUAUCCACGGCGAGACGGUGGCGAUCAACAUGUGCGUGCGCAACCACAGCAACAAGGUAGUAAAGAAGAUCAAGGCGUGUAUCCAGCAGGGCGUGGACGUGGUCCUAUUCCAGAACGGACAGUACCGGAACAUCGUAGCCAGCAUCGAGACGCAGGACGGCUGCCCGCUGCAGCCCGGCUCCAGCUUGCAGAAGGUGCUGCACCUGACGCCGACGCUGGCCCACAACCGGGACAAGCGCGGCAUCGCGCUCGAUGGUCAGCUGAAGCGCGCAGACACUACUCUGGCGUCGACUACUCUGCUUUUGGAUCCUGACCAGCGUGAUGCAUUCGGCAUCGUGGUGAGCUACAGCGCUAAGGUGAAGCUGUAUCUAGGAGCCAUCAGCGGCGAGCUCGUCGCCGAGCUGCCCUUCAUUCUCAUGCAUCCCAAGGAGGGACGCGUCAAGAUGAUCCACGCGGACAGCCAGGCGGACGUGGAAAUGUUCCGGCAAGACACCGUGCACCACCAAGAGAGCGUCGAGGUGUAUUAG